AUGGACUCAGACAACACGGACGAUGGACACCACCAAAAAGUCCUGCCAAUAUGGGUUUCCAGCUCAAACUUUGACCAAGCCCUCGUCGCCUUGAAGCCAGGAGAAGUGGAACUGCACACUGAAGCAUGGAUGAUGCGAGACCUCACUAACAGGGGCUUCUAUGUUGGUAAUUCCUCGACGUCCUCCUCCCUGGUUGUCAUCAGCACUGUCGUGGGGUUCGUUUCGGGAGACUCUUCUUUUACCGACGACCCCGACCGCUUCAAGAUGCCAGAAGCUCCCUUUAUAGCCCCCUCCUCGCCUCAGACUCAACCAUUGCUGCCUGAGAUAGAGCAUGCUAGGAUAUUGACAAAGUCAUUCUUUGACAACAUGCAAGGCCUGCUUUGGGUUUUGGACCCGAACUGGACAGACAUGGCCUUGACCCGGGUCUACGCCGCGCCAGAGUCUGCUGCCGCUUCAGAUCGUUGUCUCGUAUAUCUCGUUCUGGCCAUUGGGUUUACCAUGGGCCCAGUUUCCCUGUCUCCAGACCACAAUGCUGUCAUUCAUGAGAUGCGUAUCCUUGAUGACCAAUGGGGAGAAAGGUUGUUUGCCGCUGCGAAAUCAAUAGGAGACCCAAUGACGGCCUUUGAGGAUGAGGGCUGGUCCGAAGAUGGCGGGUUGUGGUCUGUCCAGGCUCUUGCGCUGAUGUCGUAUUUCGCGUUGCUGGUAUCACGACGGAAUGCUGCCUAUGCGUACUGUGAUUUCUCGCAGCAUCUCUGGGGCGACCGCUGGCAAUGUCAGAACAAGACUGUUCUCACAACUCACUCCAAGUACCAGCGGCAUCAUCCAAUCAUGGAAGAUCACGUUCCGUACUUGAUGCGUCCGUCGAGGUGUGCGAUAUCAUCGGUCAAGUCCUGA